UUCGUAAUUUCGAAAAUUGGAUUGAAUUGACAUUGUAUAUUUGCACUGUAAUCUAUGUGAUGCCUAUAGGAAGUACGAAGUCAUAUGGACAGGUUGCAGCUGGAGCUGUCUCUGUGUUUUUUGCUUGGAUCAACUUCUCCUUGAUAAUGAAAAGAUUUUUAUUAUUUGGGAUCUACAUCAUCAUGGCUAAAAGGGUUUUUCUUACCGUCUGCAAGGUAUUACCAUUGGUGCUUUUAGUCGUCUUUGCGUUUUCGUUAUCCUUUCUGCUCCUCAUGUCUGAAGAUCAAGGUUUUCGCAACAUUGGUUUGUCAAUUUUGACCACGUUUGUCAUGAUGUCUGGCGAAAUAGAUUACCGAGACACUUUUCUGACUGGUGGAAAAGUUCACGCUUUGCAGAAAAUAUUGCUCUUUCUGUUUAUAAUCAUGAUUUCGAUCGCUAUCAUGAAUUUACUCACUGGUCUUGCAAUUGGCGAUACAAAUGAGAUAAUGAGACGAUCAAAAGAAGAAAAAAUACUUCAUAAGGCGGAGCUUGUCCUAGCACAGGAAAAGAAUUCCCACCAGUUUGCAUACUUAGGCUUAGCACAGUGUGACUCAGAGGACGAAAUCAUAACAGAAUAUUCUGAUGAGGAAAUGUCAAGUUCCUGGACUUUACAGCAAUGGCGAAAGGCUUUCGGGGGUGACGAAAUUGAGGAACGAUUGAAAGCUAUAGCAAAAGAAAAAAAGAAUGACUAUAAGAAAUUUGAUGAGUUCAAGGAAGAAAUGAAGAUAUUGGGGGAGGAAAUGUUCAAUGUUCUCAUUUGGAGCCACUCCACGAAUGGUGUUGGUUUUAAACAUGAAUGGUUGCCUUACAACAACAACAGUAGCUAUACUGCUUUACAAAUCAACGUACCGAAAAAAACCAUUAUAUUGAAAGCGAAUUACGCUGCGCCAUAA